AACUCAUUUCAGAUAUAUGGUAAUUGUACAGAAUUUCGCCAGCAUAGAUUUUGUUCCAACUUGAAGAAAGAUAAAAAUGUUUUCUAGCUUUUCCGACGUUCACGCAAUUACAAUUCGUAGCAUAGUACACGGAAUUCUGGGAAUUGUAGUUUCGAUAUAUUAAGAUUCCAGGCUUUUACCGGUUUUGGUUGUAAUAUGGUUUUGAAAUAAAAGCUUCUGUUCCUGUUCAACUUCAACAAGUAACCCACGCAACUAAUCACAGAAACAAUGUUCCCAAUUUCAGAUUACUUCACUGUUUCCUCUAAUCUUGUAAGCGAAGAGCAAAAUGGCGGCAAAGGGAUGCGAGAACUUUCGACGCGAAUCGUCGCGCAACUUUGGUUCAAGCGCCCGCCUUUCAUUGAGGUCUGUCGCUUGUAAGAACUGUGAGGAAGGAGCACUUCCUGUUUCGCGAUUUUCUCUCCAGGAAAAAUGGUGCAGGGGGGGCAGUUCAGAAUUAUUCCUGGAGUUAAUAAAUAACACUUUCGCUUCAUUUUGAUGGAUGCCAGAGACAAGCAGGUUCUGCGCUUCUUGCGCCUGGAGCUGUGUGCAGACCUGCUGGUUGAGGGUCUUAUUAUUCAAUAUCUUUAUCAAGAAGAAAUUCUAACAGACAAUCAUGUGCAAGAAAUAAGGGCCCAAGUUACUAAUCAACGGAAAACUUUGGUACUUCUUGACAUCCUUCCAACAAGAGGGCCUAAGGCAUUUGAAACAUUUCUAGAAUCCUUACAAGAGUUUCCAUGGGUGAGAGAAAAACUUGAAUCAAAGCGCAAUGAAGUUAUGCUAAUGACUUCUGUAGAUGAUCAGCUACUCAGAUUUCCACAAAAGAUUUUGAAGAAAUCACCAACUGAUCAACAGAUUAGCAAACUUGCUCUGAGACUUGGACCUGAAUGGGAGUGCAUUGUAUUGUCUCUUGGCUUGAGCCAAAAUGAUAUCUACUGUUGUAAAGUCAAUCACCCAUACAAUAUCAGAUCACAGAUUGUAAGUGCCUUCAUUUUAUGGAGACAACGCUUGGGGAAUAAAGCUACUAUAGAGAGUCUGUGCACUGGUUUGAAAUUUGGAGAAGUAGAUUCUUCAGUAAUCCAGCAGCUGUUUCAAUGAGCUUCUAAACUCAUCACAACUGGAUUCAAUCAAAGGCGCAUCCAAUAUUCUGUCUCCACAGGGCUCACUCAGAAAUUAUGGAAAGUCUACAUCUUGGCACGACUUUAGCAACCAUCCAGUAUUCUCACACACAUCGCCUAUCAAUUGGCCUUAACAUGAAAACGUUGAUUGCUACAGUAACUAUAUUGCCCUCAUGAUCACUGUUGGUAAUCUUUUUCUCUAUGGCAGUGAUGGCUAACCAUUUUGUUAUUGUGUGCCAAAAGUGCGCACAUGCAUGCAUGACAGCAUGUGUGUG